UUGUUAACAGGUACCGAGAAAUGCAAACACAUGUCUUCUAUCAAUUUUACUUCGGUUACUGAAUUCAUCCUUUUGGGACUGACGGAUGGCGCUGAGCUGAAGGCACUUCUCUUCGUGUUAUUUCUGCUGAUCGAUGCCAUUUCCUUGGUGGGCAACCUGGGAAUGCUCUUCCUAAUCCAAAUAACUCCCAGACUCCGCACGCCCAUGUAUCAUUUCCUCAGCUGUCUGUCCUUUGUCGAUGCCUGCUAUUCUUCAGUUUUUGCUCCCAAAUUACUGCUAAACUUCUUUGUUAAACAGGAGACCAUCUCUUUCUCGGCAUGCAUUGUACAGUGUUUUUUGUUUGUGACCCUCCUUACCACCGAGGGCUUUCUGCUGGCAGCAAUGGCUUAUGAUCGCUACGUGGCCAUUGGGAACCCUUUAUUGUAUACAGUGGCUAUGACUAAAGGAGUUUGCACAGUGCUCGUACUUGGAUCCUGCGUGGGCGGCUUAAUCAACUCACUAACACACACAAUCGGCUUAGUGAAGCUGACCUUCUGUGGGCCAAAUGUCAUCAGGCACUUCUUCUGUGACCUUCCUCCCCUGUUGCAGCUGUCGUGUUCUGACACAGCCAUGAAUGAAUUCUUGCUUUUAAUCUUCUCUGGCGUUAUCGCCAUGAUCACUUUCUUGACCGUGAUCAUCUCCUAUGUCUUCAUCCUGGCAGCCAUCCUGAGGAUCCGCUCAGCGGCAGGGAGGCGCAAAGCCUUCUCCACCUGCGCCUCGCAUCUCACAGCCGUGACUCUGUUCUACGGCUCCAUAACCUUUAGCUAUAUUCAGCCAAGCUCGCAAUACUCCUUAGAGCAAGAAAAGGUGGUGUCCGUGUUCUACACCCUGGUGAUUCCCAUGUUGAACCCACUGAUUUACAGCUUAAGAAACAAGGAAGUGAAGGAUGCUGUAAAAUGGGCUAUAGACAUGAAACAUUUUUGUCAUUGA